AUGCCCCGUGCCAAGUCCCACCGGCGGGCCCAGGCCCAGAAGCGGAGGAUGGCGCAGCCGCAGCCAUGGACCCCCCAGCCGCCUGUCCCCGAGUUCGUUGCUCGGCGCGGUACAGGGUACCGCCAUCGCGUGCGGAGAUGGCCGACUUCGAAGCUGACCCAGCGCAGCUUCAAGUUGGUCACUCCUGCCCAGAAGCCGGACCAGAAGAUGGUGUUCGUCGUGGGAGACUCCCACCUGCGGGCCAUGGUGGAUGGGAUCGUCGCGAUGCCGGAGGUACCUCUGUGUUUUUCUUUUCUCUCUGUUCCAGGUGCGCAUGCAGCAGAGCUGAGGACGGAGGUGUCCCACGCCGCUCUCCCCUGGACCCCGGACGUGGUGUGUGUGCUCGCCCCGAGCAACAACCUGACAGCCAGCAGGAACAUCGGAGAGGCGUCGCUGGACUUCGGUGCUCUCCUGGCUACAGUUUGCAACCGCUGGGCGAAGGUGUUCGUGCUGGACUUCCCUCCACGCCUGAACAUCGAGCCUGGCCUGCAGGAGCUGUUCCGCCAGGAGUUCCGCCGUGUCGCAGCACGCAUGGGUCUCCCAUACGUGUCUGUGGCAGAGCACCUCCCUCUCGACAGCGACGGAACGCCGAUCCUCGUCCAGGCCCUGUGGGACGCCGCGGUCCGCCAGCUGACUCCUCCUCCUCCUCCUCCUCCCUCGGUGCCCCCCCGGACAUCGCCUCGUGCCAGGGUCUCCCCCGUGCUGGUCGUGACGGGACACAGCCCCGCGGCUCGUCACCGCAACCCACUGGAGUGGACCGUCGUCGGACAGGAGGGCAAGAUUCGAGCAUCUCCGGUGCAAGAGUCUGUCCUCCCGUCCAACCCCGUCUGGUUCAGCGGCGACAUCCUGGAGGCCAUGGAGAGGGUUUCGCCAUCCUCGGACAGCGACGUCACUUCACUUCUGCCAGCUGGCCAGGUCAUCAUGCUGCUGGUGGUUGUGUGGCUCAGACUUCCCGUGUGA